AUGGCUUUCGGCAGCCUCCUGGAGCACGUGGGGGGCAUGGGGCGCUUCCAGGUGGUCUCGGUGCUGCUCCUGUCCCUGCCCGUGCUGAUGAUGGCCAGCCACAACCUCCUGCAGAACUUCACCGCCGCCACCAGCGCCCACCAGUGCCGCCCGCGCCCGGAGGCCAACGCCAGCGGCCUCGACCCCGAGGUCCUGCUGAGGGUGUGGGUGCCCCGCGGGGAGCGGUGCCGGCGCUUCGUGACGCCCCAGUGGUGGCUUUUGGAGGCCAAUGGUUCGGAGCCCAACAGCUCUUGGCCGGAGACGGAGCCAUGCGGCGACGGUUGGACCUACGACCGCAGCGUCUUCACCAGCACCAUCGUCACUGAGUGGGACCUGGUGUGCAGCUCCCGCGGGCUCAAGCAGCUGGCGCAGUCGCUCUACAUGGCCGGAGUCCUGGUGGGCGGCUUCUUCGGGGGGCUCUCAGACAGGUUCGGCCGCCGCUCGGUGCUCACCUGGUGCUACCUGCAGAUGGCCGCCAUGGGCACCUGCUCGUCCUUCGCGCCCACCUUCACCGUGUACUGCCUGUUCCGCUUCCUGACGGGCAUGGCCUUCUCGGGCAUCGUCCUCAACAGCGUCUCCCUCUCACUGGAGUGGAUGCCAACACACAUGCGGGCGCUGGUGGGCACCUUCAUGGGGUACUGCUACACCACCGGGCAGUUCCUGCUGGCCGGCGUCGCCUUCGCCGUCCCUGACUGGCGCCGGCUGCAGCUCGUGGUGUCCCUGCCCUUCUUCGGCUUCUUCCUCUACUCCUGGUGGCUGACGGAGUCAGCACGGUGGCUCGUCAUGGUGGGGAAGUCCCACCAGGCCCUGCAGGAGCUCCAGAAGGUGGCCAGGAUCAAUGGGAAGAAGGAAGAAGGGGACAAGCUCGACAUAGAAACCCUGAGGUCCCACAUGGAGAAGGAGAUGACGUCGUCAAAGACCCGCCACACCCUGGUUGACCUGGUCCGGACGCCGGUCCUGCGCCGCAUCUCCUUCUGCCUCUGCUUCGUGUGGUUCUCCACCAGCUUUGCCUACUACGGGUUGGCCAUGGACCUGCAGAACUUUGAGGUCAACAUCUACGUGAUCCAGCUGAUCUUCGGCGCCGUGGACAUCCCGGCCAAGCUGAUGUCCAUCCUCACCAUCACCUACGUGGGGCGCCGCUUCACCCAGGCCAUCACCCUCAUCCUGGCCGGCUUGGCCAUCCUGGCCAACGUCUUGGUGCCACGAGAGCUCCGGACAGUCCGGACAGCCCUGGCCGUUUUUGGGAAAGGUUGUUUGGCCGCGUCCUUCAACUGCGUCUUCCUCUACACGGGCGAGCUCUACCCCACCGUGAUCCGGCAGACGGGCAUGGGCUUGGCCAACACCAUGUCGCGGCUGGGCAGCAUCAUGGCCCCCCUGGUGAAGAUGGCGGGCGAGCUCUUCCCGGCGCUGCCCUUCGUCAUCUACGGCGCCGCGCCCGUGGUGUCGGGGCUGGUGGCCGCCUUCCUGCCCGAGACACGGAACAUGGCGCUGCCCGAGACUGUGGAGGAGGUGGAGGGAAGGACGCAAUCCCAGAAGGACGAAGCCCGACAUCUCCAGGUCCCUCUCCAGCCCACCCCAUCCAGCAACUCCACAGGGCCCCAUUAGUGCCACCCCCCACCAGGGGACCCCCAAAAUCCUCAGCCCUCGAUGCUCCUGCCAGAUGAAUGAGCAGGACUGGGGUGUGGAGGGGGUUCCAACCACCCGUGAAGAGCAAAGGGGCAGCAGCGACCACAGAGUGGGGCCCCCCCAGAUUUCCGUGUCGAGGACUGUCGGGCCGCGCUGGAAUAAAAAACAAUAAAAGCAAA